AGGGCGUGCAUGUUGUUCUAACGUACAAAUGUAUUUCUGGAGGAUUUCCUGAGUUUUGGAAUCCCUUUUCCAGAACAUUUAUGUCCCUUUGUUAAAUAAGUGUGCUAAUUUAAUUGCUGCUGAGUUUCAAGAGACAACUGGAUUUUUUUUGGGAUUUUUCCUUCAACACUUUUAAAGACAACCUUUGGAUUUAUCUCUUUUUCUGGAUUACUCACAUUUCUACAAGUACUGAGUGGGGAACUAACUAAGGACUAACAAAAGACUUGUAAUACCACUAAGCCACCAUGCCCCCACAAUAUACGUAUAUCAUUCUGAAUUAUGUUUCUAUAUUAGUCUCUUUCUGAUGCUUGAAAAUGUGUUUCAUAUAUUAGGAAUCGUGCUCUCUGGGUGUUUAAUUCUAUCCCCACAGGGUCAUUGUGGGUACAGGUUUUCAUUCCAGCCAACACAGAAAAUGUACAAUAAUCAAUAUGAUAUUAUAAAAAUUGUAUUUAUCACAUCAUUUUAUGUUUUUUUUUCCAGAUUAUAUAUUAUAUAUCUUUCAGAAAAGGACGCUUUGUUACCAUUACACACUUUGGAUCCCUAUUGUCAUAAUACAUAGUCACACAAACAGGUACUGGGCCUUUCUGAGCUAAAUUAUUAAUUUAAAUAAAAUAAAUAACUAAUAUAUAAACUUUAGGCGAACUGUACGUAGGUCCGUUUUUUUUAAAAAAGCAACACCAAUGAGAUUGCUCAAUGAGUGUACUUUGGUCUGUUUGACCUUUUUAGUAAACAAUUUUUCCACCUGGAAAAACUCGACGAGAAAGAAGCAUUUAUUUUCAGGCAAUCCUUGAGGACUUGUAACAAUUUUUUGAAGCAUUUCACAUCGAGGAUGGCAAACCGAUCAGCUGUGAAAUUGAACUCUGGUCAGCCAGAUUUUGUGCAGUUUAAUAAUCUUGUGUGUGAAACAGCAGGAGGAAAGGUGAUUUUUGCAACAGAUGAGUGGUUUGCUCCAGCUCGAAAUCUCUUGAAGAGGGAGCCUGCAGAGUUCCUUACCUCAGCUUUCACAGAGUUUGGGAAAUGGAUGGACGGUUGGGAAACAAGAAGGAAAAGAAUACCAGGUCACGACUGGUGCGUUGUGCAGUUGGGAGUUCCUGGUGUCAUUCACGGCGUUGAUGUGGACACGUCGUUCUUCACGGGAAACUACACACCUUCCAUUUCUAUUCAGGCUGCCUGUCUUGAUGGACGAUCUGUGCCGCCUUUAGUUCUUGAGGGAGACCGUACAGGUAUGGCUGCUUCAGAGAGCCAGUUUGAAGCUGUGGCUCAGCUUCACUCAGAGAGCUGGGAGGAGAUUGUACCGGUGACAGUGCUGAGACCCGGGUACUCGGAUUCCUGCCACAACUUUUUCAGUGUCACCUUCCCUCAUCGAGUCACCCAUAUCCGCCUGAACAUGUAUCCUGAUGGAGGUAUUGCAAGAUUGCGAGUGUAUGGAGUUGGACAAAGAAACUGGUCCAGUGUAUCCAGUCAGGAGGAAGUGGAUCUUGUCACAUUGGUGAAUGGUGGAGUGUGUGUGGGAUACAGUGAUGCACAUUUUGGUCACCCACGCAACAUGAUCGGUUUGGGAAGAGCUGACAGCAUGGCCGAUGGGUGGGAAACAGCACGACGCCUGGAUCGUCCCAAAGUGCUGAAAAUGGACGAGAAGGGCAUCUUGCAGGUCCCUGGGUUUGAGUGGGCCAUCUUCAGACUUGGGCAUCCUGGUGUGAUCAGCAGAAUUGAGAUAGACACCAAUCAUUUUAAAGGUAAUUUUCCUGACUGGUGUAAAAUUGAGGGAUGUAGUAUAACCCCAGAAGAGGAGCAAACGUAUAUAAAGCACAAGUGGAGCAGUGAUAAAGGUCCCACGUGGAAAAUGCUUCUUCUUCCUCAGAAACUGAAGCCUCACUUCAGGCACUUGUACUCUGGAGAGUGUGUGCUGCAGUGUGGGCGUGUAAGUCAUGUAAGGCUCGUAAUUGCUCCUGAUGGAGGGGUCAGCCGGCUCAGACUCUGGGGUCACAUCAUCUCCAGCAACUCAACUAAUCUUCAUCAAAUCUCCAAACUCUGACCAUUAAAAUUACAGCUCUGAUUCCACAGAACCAUUGGCGACCUGGUGGUUAUUUUUAAUGCAAGGAUUUUAUAAAUGAACACAUUAAAGCCAUGAGUUAAGUUUCUUGUAUAUUAAAAUGACAUCUAUUGAUUUAGACCAUUGUGACCAUAGGUACAUAAGUAGGGAGAUGAAAUAAUAUUACAUUCAUUCCUGCCUCAUAAUUAACAAGUUAAUUGAGUAUUAAUUUCCUGCAGCACAUUAACACAUGGCAUCGGGUUACAUAGUUUGUGAGCAUGUGGCUUUUAUACAUUAACUUGUUAAUGGCACCUCAGUGAAAAUUUAGGGACCAGUGUUAUGUUUAGGAUUAGAACCCAGGUCCAGUUGUCUUGACUUCGAUUAAAACAGUAGAUAUAUAAAAAUGCCCUAAAUAAUUACAAAAGUUGUAAAAUAAUUGACUCAUAACAGAAAUGAAUUUGUAUUCACAGAUUGACUGUACAAUAAUUGCAAUAUGCCAUGAAAGGAAAUAAAUUCUGCCUAAAACCAAA